AUGAGCAUUGCUGUUGAGCACAAUAAGGUGUGGGAUUGGCCUCUCCAAGCCAAUGACGAAUUUGUCAAUGUCGUGGAAGACUCAAAGCAUUUUGAAGUUGAUCUAGAUGCAAAGUACUUUUCACCAAAAGAAAUUAAGGUGAAAACCAUGGGUGACCUGCUGCAGAUUCAGAUGGAACAUGAUGAUAAUAGUAAUACGAAUAUAAGUAGAACUAUUUUAAGGAUAAAGGGCUAG